GGAAGAGGCCAAUUCCUCCGUUGCCUGUGCUUUCUUCAACACCACAACCUAUCGAUGGUCAACAAAAGGGGUGAGGCGCGUGGCUUCCACCAACGUCUCCUCAGAUACGCUGCAACCCUUGGUCUGCGAGACGGAUCACUUGAGUAUCUUUGGAGGAGUUUUGAAUGUCCCAGAAGUUGACAGACAAGAUUAUCAAGUCAUCAAUUUCGAACAAUCCAAUAUUGGCGGUGGUGGAAGCAGCAGUGAGGAUGGAGAUGGGGUUGCUGAUGGCCCUGUGGACCAGGUUGGACAAGUGGUGGAGACCAUCAUCAAAUGUACCAGGGCGGCUGGAAUCUUCUCAGCAGAGGGCAUGGAAGCGCUUGGAAAAGGCAGUUGGUCUUCAAGCAGCUCCGCAAUCGCCUUGUGGGCCACUCUGAUGCUCCUGUUCUUCAGCGUUGUGGCCGCCUUCGCUCGAGACCUCACGCGUAACCAGACCAGGUGGAUGGGACAAUUGAUGUCAGUCACGUACCCUGAUCAGCAAGAGGAGGAGGAGGAUGACGUUGAUGAACCUAAGGAGGAUCGCGCCAAGAGCUUCAGCAAGGCCUGCGUGAUGUACUUACACUCCUUGCAGGCCGGUGUUGACCGCCAGUCGCUCGAAAUAGCGCUUGCUGUGAGGACUGUUGGAAGUAAAGAGGGACAAGAGCUGAAGAAAGGCAAGAGUCCCUUGUACGUGGCUGCAAUGAAACUGGCUGAUGCAGUCAACGUUUCCGAAGGUCUUGGUCGUGCCACCAACCUCUUCCUCGAGGCCAAUUGGCUGGCGCGAAUGCUAUUGCUGUUCCCUGCGGUACAUCGAGCAUUGAGUGCCGGUCAUGCAAGUCUGGUCAUCUCACGUACAUCCAGAGUAGUGUUGAUCUUCACGAAGAUUUUGCUCUCGUGUGGACUUGCUGCGCUGUUCUUUCAGGGUAGUGCCAGAGGCAACGACUCUGAAGCUACAUGUAUUGAAGGAGGCGGUCUUGGACUCACAGUUGUACUUGGAUUCGCUGCGGCCUUUGUUGGCGACUUCGUCCUCUAUGGACUGAACAGCCUGAGGAAGCAGAACUUCAAGUCUGCUCGGAGCAACGUGGGCCUUCAGCUGAAGGUGAAGGAAUGGCGCGUGCGGAAUGCCCUCUUUUGGG